UAUUGACUUACUGUAUGUACACAACUUUAUCAGUAAACUAAAGGGCUGUGGUUGCCUAAUCUCCAAACAGCUGACGGGCAGAUUAAUGGCAACGGCUUCCAGGCGAGAUGUGCGCGCACACAUACCGUAGACUGUUUGACCAAAAUUGACAGUUUGUGGAUGAAAUGCGCUGACUACUCUUUUUAGAAGUUCUCAUUUUUUGCUCUGGAUGGAAUGAAGGUUGGGUAGGAGAAAGAACGAGAGAGAAAUGAUGAACGUUUGGCAACUUCAGGUAACGGGAAAAGAGAGCUGCUGAAAAGUGGACCCAUAUGAAAUAGAAAACUGAAAAAAGAGGACACUGACUUUUGUAAUAUUAUUUUCACAUAGAAUAUUAAAUUCUAUGUGAACAACUAAGUUGUAGCCUAUAUAUUCUUCUAUAUCAAGCCAUAACCCAACCAUGCAGCAGGAACGCUUGCUGAAGGUUCUAGUCAUCGGUGACCUGGGGGUCGGGAAGACGUCCAUAAUAAAGCGUUAUGUCCAUCAGAUAUUCUCCCAACAUUACAGAGCCACGGUCGGAGUCGACUUCGCCCUCAAACUCCUCAAUUGGGAUCACAAGACGGUCGUGCGACUGCAGCUGUGGGACAUCGCAGGCCAGGAGCGCUAUGGCAACAUGACGCGGGUUUACUACCGCGAGGCUGUAGGAGCGUUGGUGAUCUUUGACAUGACGCGGGCCUCUACCUUCCAGGCUGUCCUCAAGUGGAAGGGAGACCUCGACUCCAAGGUUGCUCUGGGUAACGGGAGGCCAGUUCCGGCCGUCUUAUUGGGUAAUAAAUGUGACCAGCUGAGUACGGGUCUCUGUUCCAAACUGCCCAAACUGGAGAACUUCACUAGAGACCACGGCUUUGUAGGGUGGUACGAGACCUCCGCCAAGGACAACAUCAACAUCGACGCGGCCAUCAUGUGUUUGGUAGAGAGCAUCAUGGAUGUAGAAGAGGAGAGGCCGCCAGCUGGAGAUCCUAGAGACCCUAGCGUCCUGGUCUCACCACGCUUUGACUACAAUAGGACAGGGAUGGCUGGACUGCCUGGGUGCGAUGGGUGUAAAAAGCGACCUCUGCCUGGCCGAAGGGAGAUAUUUGAGGGAUGAAGUCGCUCUGGAUAAGAGCGUCUGCUAAAUGACUUAAAUGUAAAUGUA